AUGAAACAACAAAAAGAAAUUAUUUCUUCAUCAGCUCGCCGCUCUCAUCCACCUCGUCGUAGUGGUUGUCUCGACUCCAAGGGCCACCACAAUUUCUGUGUCCCUCUCCUCUAUAAUUCGCUUCAGAUCUGUAGCAACAAAAUGUACGGAUUCGAAGCGCUGACCUUCAACAUCCAUGGCGGUUACCUGGAAGCCAUCGUGCGAGGAUAUCGUUCGGGGCUUUUAACGGCCGCCGAUUAUAACAAUCUCUGCCAGUGCGAGACCCUGGACGACAUCAAAAUGCACCUUUCCGCCACCGAGUACGGUCCUUACCUCCAAAACGAGCCCUCUCCGUUGCAUACUACAACAAUUGUGGAGAAAUGCACUCUUAAACUGGUGGAUGAGUAUAAACACAUGUUAGCCCAAGCAACGGAGCCUUUGUCUACCUUUCUAGAGUAUAUUACAUAUGGUCACAUGAUCGACAAUGUCGUCCUUAUUGUAACUGGAACACUGCACGAGAGAGAUGUCCAGGAGUUGUUAGAGAAAUGUCAUCCUUUAGGGAUGUUUGACAGCAUUGCAACUCUAGCUGUUGCCCAGAAUAUGAGAGAGCUUUACAGACUGGUGCUUGUUGACACACCCUUGGCUCCAUACUUCUCCGAGUGCAUCACUUCAGAGGACCUUGACGACAUGAACAUUGAAAUUAUGAGGAAUACACUCUAUAAGGCGUACCUUGAGGAUUUCAACAGAUUUUGCCAGAAACUUGGUGGCGCUACUGCUGAAAUUAUGUCGGACCUCCUUGCCUUUGAGGCUGAUCGAAGGGCAGUUAAUAUCACAAUAAACAGCAUUGGCACCGAGCUUACUCGAGAUGAUCGCAGGAAAUUGUACUCUAAUUUUGGUCUACUAUAUCCUUAUGGUCAUGAAGAACUUGCUAUCUGUGAGGAUAUAGAUCAGGUUCGUGCUGCCAUGGAGAAGUAUCCUCCUUAUCAGACCAUAUUUUCUAAGUUGUCUUAUGGUGAGAGUCAGUUGCUCGACAAGGCCUUUUACGAAGAGGAAGUAAAACGCCUUUGCUUAGCUUUUGAGCAACAGUUUCACUAUGGUGUAUUCUUUGCGUAUAUGAGGUUGAGAGAGCAGGAGAUUCGGAACUUGAUGUGGAUAUCCGAAUGUGUCGCACAAAACCAGAAGUCCAGAGUGCAUGAUAGUGUUGUUCCUAUUUUUUAA